AUGGGCAGCCGUCGGCGUUCGCAUUCCGCCUCCAGAACGCUGGACCAGACUGUCAACCUGGUGGGCCGAAUCGGGGCUAGUCUCCGCAUCUCCGGCCGGAAGAAGGCCAAGAAUAAGGAGCAUGACCGACCGGUUGCGUCCCCCACCAAACACCUCCUGACUCUGGCGUCGGCUAGACUAGGCUCUCCGUCCUUAUCAGCCACCAGAUCCCCUUCGUUGAUGCUCCGAAAUGUGAGCCGGCUGUCCCAUUCCCAAAGUGUGACUAACAGUCCUCGUGCUCCCCGAUUCAGACCCUUGGGCGACCAACUGAGUUGUCCUGCUACUCCAGAACCACAGCGUCGUAUCUUCCUGAAAGACGGCGCUACACAGCUGACAUCUCUGACUACGCUGAUGACACAUCAUCGCCACUUCUUUCUGUUCGACGAUGUUCUGCUGGUCUCCAAACAGAAGUGAGUACUUAUCUGAUCGGAAGCGAUCGCUUCCCUUCUUUUAUGGCCGUUUUACUAUUAUAUCGAUUAUGUAAUGUCCAUAUUGUCUGUUCUCAGGGGUCCCAACAGCUACAAGUUUAAGGAGAAGAUCCUCUUGAGCAAGGUGUGGGUGGCUUCUAACAACUGUACCCACUCCUUCCUCAUCGGAUGGCCACAUUACAAUUAUGUCGCUCAUUUCAGGUAAGUUAUACUGUAACUUAUAUUAAUUUUUGUAAACUUUUGAUUAUAUUUCCAGCGUAUUUUACUUUUAGUUCUGAGAAAGAGAAGGAUGAGUGGCUGGCUGGUUUAACUACUAACAUCAAGAAGAAGCUGGGCAGUUUGUAUACGACUAUAAGUGUCAUAGUAAAAGUAGAUGGACGGAAACAGGUAAGCAGUACUAUAUAUUAGUUUUAUUUAAACCAUAACAUUUAUAAUUACUGUAUUCAGCGACAACUAUAUCAUUCAAAGCAUACUGUAAUAUGAGUAAUUGUACCAUUUCAGGUACUACGUCACGAAAUAGUCAACGGAGCGACGACUUCAGAGAUCUUAAGCCAACUCGUCACCAAACUGAACCUAGGAUCAGAUACGAACAUGUUCGAGCUGUUCAUCGAGAUCAACGGAACGGCACAUCUUCUGCACGGUAUCGAGAAUGUGUACGCGAUCCUGAAGCACUACGUGGAGAAGGUCGGCUUGAACAUUGCCCAACUACAACACUUGGAUACCUGUCCUCUAGUGCAAUGUCGUCUUAUUAUCCAGCCUAGUCUGACUCCAGCUCCAGCCAACAGUCUUCUGAAUCAGGUGAAGAAGGUGAUCCUGAGCAGGAUGGAGUCGAAGAAGUUGUUCGGGAAGAAGCUCGAGGGCUCCAUGCCUCCUCAGCCAGUAUUAACCAUGAUCGACUACUUGACCAUGAACGCUCAGAACGUUGAGGGCAUCUUCAGAAAGAGUCCUAAGUUGUCGACGUUCGAAGAGCUGAAGUCGAUGCUGAAUCACGGUCAGGUGCCCAAUUUCCACGAGUUCAGUCCUCAUGUCACAGCUUCUUUAUUGAAGGUAUUUGGACAUCUUACAUCACAAACUGUUACAAUGUUUAUUAACUUUUUUUAAAUUUAUUUAAUGAUAUUACUGUAACAUUUCAGGACUAUCUCCGUUCGAUCCCUGGUCAACUUCUACUGUCAGGCAACUAUCAGAUGUGGUUAGAUGUCACCGCCCAAACCGAGCAUUCAAUCAAGAUCACCAAGUGCAAGAACCUACUACAACUUCUACCUCCCAGUCAUACCAUCUUGUUACGGUGCAUCUUACGUUUACUGAGAGGUAUUGCCAACAAACCACAGAGUCAGAUGAACAUCAAGAGUCUGGCUGUCUGUAUAGCGCCGAGUUUGUUGGAAAAUCCAGGUAAUUUUGGUUAUUAACGUAACAUCAAAGUGGCAAUUUAAUUUACUGUACAAAACUUAGUUUCCAACAGGAUUUGAACAUAAACAUCGUAUCUUUUGUUAUAAAUUGAUGGUAAUAUCUCGAACGUAACAUUAUUUUUGAAUUUAGUGGCUUCGAUAGAGGAUUCUGUAAAGAAAGUGCCAGAAUUGGCCGAGUUCCUCAUCGUGAACGCUCCAGUUCUGUUCGAGAACUUUGAGGACGACGGAGCGCUGCUUCUCAACAACCAACUCUACGAUUCCACGGAUUCUGGCCUCAGCUGUGACUUGAACAACGAUUCUGCCAAAUUGUGUGUAGCCGCCUCCUCCAGUCCGGAUUCUGUCCAAUUCGACUCUUCAUACUCAGAUGACUCCAAUUUGGGCACGGACAAAGAGAUGCCUACGGUAGGAUGAAGUCGUUCUGACAAUUUUAUUCAAAUUUUAAUUAACGUAGCAAACUACGGUGGUUCAUAAUCAGAAGCCUCAGGGCAUUAAUUUAAUGUGCUCUGAAGCCUUUUGUACUAUUAGACGGUCUUUGUCUGGUAAUUAAUGUUCUCCUUUCCAGAAAACAAAUGUCUUCCCUCGGGCUGACUAUUUCGACACCACUCCAGAAGUCAGUCCUCGCGCGUCGCCGUGGCUGAGCCGCGCCAAGACCACCAACAAACAUCGUAAAGACUACUCCUCCGACAGCACUGCCACUCUGAUCGAAGCGAACGAGACUCGAGAACGGGCUGUAAUCAGCCAUCCGAUUCGAUCACCUUGCUCAAGGUCGCCAUCUUCGGUUCCCAAGUCGUCGGUUCCGAGCUCGCCGUUAAUCUCUCGCAACUCCUCCCCUGGUCCCCACCCACCCAGUCCCCCACCGCCUCCAGGAGUCAUGUACAGUACCCGACCGUGGUGUCACGGUGCUCGUCCUACAAACCGCCGAGCAUCCAAACCUCAAAGUACAGUAUCGCAGCGAACAAUACAAAGUACAGUACACCUAAUAAUAAUAUAUCUACUCCCAACUACAACUCCCCCACCACUACUCCCAAAUACAGUAACCCCGACUACAGUACGCCCGUGAACCGUAACCCGGCCGCGGCCAAACCGCCGCUUCCGCAUCGGUUCUGGAAGCCGCCGCCGAAGACGGCCGAGGAGAUAAUUCUGGGGAACCUGGAGGUGAACUGGUCCGUGCCCACGAUCCGGUCCAUGUUCCAGAAGCAAGACCUGAAGCCGGCUCACAUCGACACAGUUUAUGCCAGAUUGGAUUUGAUUAAACAGAACAAGUCGUAA